GUACUUUCUAUUGGCACCAUAUGACAAAUUUGUAUUUAAAAAAUACAAAUUUGGGGCCCGAUUAUGGCCUUGAUCAGGUUUGGAUCGAUGCAGAGGAUCUCUGGGCAGAGAAAAAGAAGAACAGGCUCGAAAAUGAUCUCAAUGAUUUAAUGAAAAAUUAUAUAAAAGAGAGCUUUAGAAUGGGAUUCAAUGAGUUUGGAGAUUUCUAUUAUAGCCGCGGUCAGCUACCAGAUUCUCUCAAAAGUUAUAGCCGGACACGCGAUUAUUCCUCAACAUCAGAUCAUAUAAUCCAUAUGUGCUUGAACGUGAUUCUAGUUAGCAUUGAGAUGAGCCAAUUUAUACAUGUUACAACCUAUGCUAACAAAGCAGAGCAAAUCCAAGAUGCUUUAGAUCCUAUUACAAUGUCCAAACUUCGUUGCGCUGUUGGGUUGGCACACUUAGAGGCUAAAAUGUACAAGCUCGCUGCUCGGAAGUUUUUGGAAGUUGGUCAAGAGUUGGGGAACCAUUAUAUGGAAGUAAUUGCACCCCAAGAUGUUGCAACAUACGGUGGCCUUUGUGCACUUGCAAGUUUUGAACGAGCAGAACUGAAGAGCAAAGUUAUAGACAACGUUAACUUUAAGGUUUUCUUAGAGUUAGUACCUGAGCUGCGGGAAGUUAUUCAUGAUUUCUACGCAUGCCAUUAUGCUUUGUGUCUUGAGUACCUAGGAAACCUUAAAGCAAACCUUUUGCUUGAUAUCCAUUUGCAUGACCAUGUUGAAACACUGUACAGUCAAAUCCGUAACAAAGCUCUCAUACAGUACACUCAUCCAUUCGUCUCCAUUGAUCUGCACCUGAUGUCCAAUGCUUUUAAGACCACUGUUUCGGGGCUGGAGAAGGAGCUUGAAUCUAUGAUUACCAAUGACCAGAUAAAGGCUCGCAUUGACUCCCACAACAAGAUUCUAUAUGCACAGCACGCAGACCAGAGGAAAACAACGUUUCACAAGGCUCUGCAGACCGGCUGGGAGUUUGACCGGGACAUGAGAGCUAUGCUUUUGAGAGCAAACCUCGUGAUGCGCGAGCCGAGCUCCUUGAAACAACACCGCCAACAACCUAGUUUGAUCCCACACAAGUAGGGUCUGGGAACACAAGAACAUAUAAAUAUAUAAUAUACAGAUCACAUAUACGAUGACGUGAAAAAAGGAUAUGAAUUCUU